AUGUUGCCCUUCAGCAGAGGUAUGGCCAGCGUGGCGAAAAGCUCCUCGAACAAUGCCAUUUUGGCGGGGCUAAUACUUUCUCGAAUUCCUAUAGUGACAAAAGACAUGACAACACUGGAGAAGCGCUACUACGAAUACCAAUCAGCGCUCAAAGAACGAUUAAUGUGGACAUUUCCUCACUACUUUUAUUUCAAAAGAGGUACUUUAGCGGAGCGCCGCUUUUUGCUUGCUCAGAAGGGUCCCAUCAGCAAGCAGCCCGGUGUAUGGUUCCCUAAAGGUGUCCCAGAUAUCAAGCAUAACAGAGAGAGGAGCAGGAAACAAGAGGUCAAUCUACCAGGACAAGAAAGCAAUAAUACAACAGAAGCGCAAAAUGGGGACGAUAUAUCCAGACCGGUUGUUCCAAAUUCAAGAGUAACAGAAGCAGAUAAAAGCAACGACUUUUCAAGUCUAGAAAGGAAAUUGAGCAGAACUCUGUAUCUGCUCAUAAAGAGCAACGAGGGAGUUUGGUCUUUUCCAUCUUUUGCUGUCGAGGAUAAACCAUUGCACAUCAGCGCGGAGGAGGGCCUGAGAGCGUUGGGUGGUGACAACAUCAACACAUGGACUGUGUCCAAUACCCCAGCUGCUGUUCUUGAGAAGGACAACGGAGCCCACGAAUUUUUGAUAAAGUCCCAUAUCUUGGCAGGUCGGUUUGACUUACAAAAAAAUAAGCAUGUCGCUGAUUUUGCAUGGCUGACAAAGGAGGAGAUAGGAGAACGUGUCAGCGAAGACUAUUUUAAUGAGGUGAGGUUUUUACUGACUGAAUAUUAG